UCGCCAUUGAUCAAUCAUCCUCUGCACAUCAUAACAAGUGACAAGCAGCAGCAGCCAUGGUCAAGAAGCUCGCCCUCGCCUCCCUCUUCUUCACCAGCGGCAGUGUGGACGCCACCGCCGAGAGCAUGUCGUCUCCUCCGUCCAUAUCAGCUGCGUCCUCUCGCAGCAUGGCCGCCUCGUGGCAAUGGCCCUCCUGCGCGCAGGCCAGGACCGCGUCCUUCGACGGCCGCAGCAGUGUGAAGGGGGAGGCGUCCUUGUCGUCGGCGCGCUGGGACUGCUGCAGGACCCGCGUGAUCAUGAACCCAGCCUACUGCGACGACACAGCCGAUAACUCCUUCCUCUCCGCCUCCGGCUCCUCUUCUGCCUCCACUGCGGCGCCGGAGCCGGAGCCGGAGCCCUCGAUGGACGAGGCGGUCAUCCGCGAGAUCCGAGCGUCGAGCCGGCUCUUCUUCGAGCCCGAGGCGACGAAAUCCAUCGUGACGGCGAGCAAGCCGGAGGCGGAUCAGGCAGCGUUCGGCGGGGCGACGGCGCUGGCCAUCGACUCUGCGGACCCGUACGGCGACUUCCGGCGGUCCAUGGAGGAGAUGGUGCUGAGCCGCGGCGGCGGCAGGGGCGAGGACGACUGGGGGUGGCUGGAGGAGAUGCUGGGGUGGUACCUCCGGGCCAACGGCAAGAAGACCCACGGCCUCAUCGUCGGCGCCUUCGUGGACCUGCUCGUCGGCCUCUCCGCCGUCAACAACAAGCAGAGCGGCCAGUGCUAGCUACCAUGCGAGCGCGCAAUGCGAUUGCUUAGGGAAGAAACGGUGUCAUGCCAUUGGUGGCAUCAGCGAUUCGGCCUAGAUGGAUUGAGCCAGCGAGAGGCGUAGGCUGUGUUGUGUUUGUUGAGAGCAUGCACGCGUGCCUGUACUAGUACUACUAUAC